GGAUAUGCGCUUUGCAGCAAAGUCCUCCUUUACUCCACACACGCUUCUAAGCCUCGGCACAUCUCCUCACAUCGCUACUAACUACACUUUAUUCAUCCUCCGUGUCAGGAUAAACUCCACUCGUCUCAGUCAACUUUGGACAUUAUUAGGCCCGCUUAGCUUGCUAGUUCUUUUAGCGCGCUAGUUAGCUCAGCGUGCUAGUUAGCUUAGCUUGUUAGCUGCUAACAAAGAGACGCGGAUUCGAUCAACACAUCGCUUAGUUAAGAUCAAGUGUGAGUGUAAAGUGUUGUGAUUGUGUGAAAAUGUGCGAAAGAACGAUAGCAGAGUACGAGGAGGAACUUUCUCGAACAAAAGAAGAGAACAAAAGACUACCUCAACUACUGGAGGCUGUUUUCAAGAAACCUCAAGUUGUGUUACACAGAACAGACGUCUGUGAAAAAUAUCGUCCACCUGAGCAGCAGGAGGGGUCCUCCAAUACGGAGCAGAAGAGGUCACAGCACCUCCACGUGAAAGAAGAGGAGCCACAGCCCCCCCACUUUAAAGAUGAAAAGGAAGAGUCACAGACUCCUCACAUUGAGAAUAUACAGUCCCUUCACGUAAAAGAGGAACCGGAGGAUCCGCAGCCCUCCUACGUCAAAGAGGAAGAAAAACAGCGGCUGUCCCCCCACUUCAUAGAGGAACACAGGAGACACUUCAUCAGUGUGAAGAGUGAAGAUGAUGAGGUCAAAGGUGAAAGUGAGGAGAAGAGAGAGGCGGAGCCUCCAAGCAGCAGCUCAACUCAACACAUGACAACAGAAGCUGAUGGAGACCACUGUGGAGGAUCACAAGCAGACAAGCUCUUAGCUCCACUAUCAGAUAGUGAGGACACAACGUCACACUCUCCUGACACUGAUGAUGAACACUCUAAAGAUGAUAAGACAUGUCACACUGACAACACACACUUCACAUGUUCUCACUGUGACAAAACUUUUAAUGACCGUAGCAAUAUGAAAAGACACAUGAGAACACACACUGGAGAAAAACCGUUUUCAUGUUCAAUCUGCGAUAAAGAUUUUACUAAAAAGCACAAUUUCAAAACACACAUGAGAACACACACUGGAGAAAAACCUUUUUUAUGUUCAAUCUGCGGUAAAGAUUUUACUAAAAAGCACAGUUUCAAAAUACACAUGAGAACACACACUGGAGAAAAACCUUUUUCCUGCUCAGAAUGUGAUAAACGUUUUGUAAGAAAUCAAGGUUUAAAAGUACACAUGAGAAUACACACUGGAGAAAAACUGUUUUCAUGUUCAAUCUGCGGUAAAGAUUUUACUCAAAGGUACCAUUUCAAAGCACACAUGAGAAUACACACUGGAGAAAAACCUUUUUCCUGCUCAGAAUGUGGUAAAAGUUUUGUAGCAAAUACAUAUUUAAAAGUACACAUGAGAAUACACACUGAUGAAAAACCUUUUUCAUGUUCAAUCUGCGGUAAAGACUUUACUAAAAGGGGCAAUUUCAAUGUGCACAUGAGAAUACACACUGGAGAAAAACCUUUUUUAUGUUCAACCUGCGGUAAAGAUUUUACUCAAAGGGACUAUUUCAAAGUGCACAUGAGAAGACACACUGGAGAAAAACCUUUUUCCUGCUCAGAAUGUGGUAAAAGUUUUGUAACAAAUACACAUUUAAAAUUACACAUGAGAACGCACUCUGGUGAAAAACCUUUCUCCUGUUCAAGCUGCCACAAAAGUUUCCGUUACCCAACAUCUUGUACAGUACACAUGAGAACACACACAGGUGAAAAACCUUUUAUAUGUUCAGUAUGUAGUAAAAGUUAUGUAGAAAGACGGCAAUUAAAAUUACACAUGAGAACGCACUCUGGUGAAAAACCAUUUUCCUGUUCAAGCUGCAACAAAAGCUUUCGUCUCCAACAAUCUUGUACAGUACACAUGAGAACACACACAGGAGAGAAAGUGUUGAGUUGCAGUGUGUGUGGUGAAAGAUUCUCUUCUAAGUACCAGUGUAAGAAACACAAGUGUGCUGGUGAGAACAGCAGCAGCAAAUGAAGAUGCAGGAUUUGAAAUAAACUGUCAAAACUUUCACUUUGACUUCCUAACAACAUCAGCACAUAUAACAUGUGUGACAUCAUUGUUGUGUGUGUAACACCAUCUUGUUAUUAUGCUUAUAACAUAUUUAGAGUAAAUACUUCAGAUUAGUGCUUUUAUUUCAGUCAAGUACAUGAGUUAAUAUACACAUUUGUGUACUUUAAAAUGAACAGAACAAUUUGACUGAAAAGGUGAGAAUAAACAGUACAUAACAUGUGUUACAGUAGACCUUUUAUGUGUAGAUAUUCAUAAUUCACUUUCAUACUUAAUCAUAAGUGUUUUUGUAUAGGUUUUUCGAAAUAAUGAAGGGUUACAUAUUUUAUGUUCUAAUUGUAGAUGAUUCCAUAGAUGAACUCCUUUAUAUGAUAUACAUAUUUGUUUUGCAUGUGUUCAUACCUUUGCUUUUGAGUACACAUAAAUCCCUCUUAGUUCAUAUUUACUGGUUCACAUCUGAAACAUCUUCUGGACCACUUCUGGAAGCAUAUUAUUAUUUACUUUAUACAUCAUUUGAGCAGUUGUCUUUUAUACAAGAUCAUUUACUUUUAAAAUGUGUGACUUUAUGAAUCAUUUGUUGGGUCUCUAUUAUCCAUUCUAUUAAUUAUCUUUAUUACUCUCUUUUGUAAUAUGAAUAUUGUUGUGUGAUUGUUUUAUAUGUAUGUCCCCAGACCUUUAUGCAAUAAACAAUG